GUCGAAGGUCGAAGUUUUGCAUAAAAUACCCAAUGCAUAAUAAUAGUACUUAAUUAAAAUAAGCAAAAUUGACAUGCCUAUUAAAAAUGUUAAGUGGUACACUCCUUAGAAGUUUGAAUAAAUCCUCAGUCAUGCUCAGAAAUUGUUCUUCAGGGUCAAAUGACCUUAAGUCUUUACUAAUAACUAAGAUGGGCAAGGUGGUAACGAUAGGAAUCAACAGGCCAAGUAAAAGAAAUUGUGUUGAUUCAAAAACUGCUAAUCUCCUUAAGGGUGCAAUAAAAGAGUUUGAAGAAGAUAGUUCUCUACAUGCCGGUGUAUUAUAUGGCACAGGGGGUAAUUUUUGUGCUGGGUAUGAUUUAAAUGAAUUAGCAAAUCUAGACAAGGUCGAUUAUUUAAAUACUAUUAAUGAUGAAGGAAGUAUGGGGCCAACAUUACGACACAUUAAAAAGCCAAUGGUAGCUGCUAUAAGUGGUUAUGCUGUAGCUGGUGGCCUAGAAUUAGCUUUAAUGUGUGACUUAAGAGUAAUGGAAGAUACAGCUAUUUUGGGGGUUUAUAAUAGAAGAUUUGGUAUACCCCUUGUUGAUGGAGGUACCGUAAGAUUACAAGCAAUGGUGGGUCUUUCCAGAACAUUGGAUUUAAUUCUUACAGGGAGAUCUUUAACCGCUAAAGAAGCCCUGGAAUGGGGGGUGGCCAAUAGAAUUGUAGCCUGUGGCACUGCUCUUGGCCAGGCAAUAAGUUUAGCCACAUCACUAGUCAAAUUUCCCCAAGAAUGUCUUCAAGCCGACAGAGAAUCAACUUAUAACGCGGCAUACAACUCAGCCUUUAGGGAAUUAUCGAAAUUUGAACAGAAUACUGCUAAAAGAAUAUUUAAAGAAUCCAUAGAAGGGGCUAAAAAAUUCGUGUCAGGUUUUGGGAGACACGGUAAAUCGUAUAAUUUGACCGAAAAAGAUAUUUGUGAUUGGGAGAGAGAAUUUAAGAGCAAAUUGUAAAUAAAUUAGUUUGGU